GACAAGCCGAGCCCGGCUCUCUGCCGCCGGCUUCCCGGCCCGCGCUGCUCACUGCCCCCAAGCCCGUGACGUGGCGGAGCUGGCCGAGACACAAAGACCGAGGCGGGGGCCGCCCGGGGGCUGAGGCCGCAUCCCGGGGCCGCUGCGAGCCCGAGCGCCAUGCGAGCCGGCGCUGGCUACCCGCUGCCCGGGAGGAGCCCGAGGGCCCGCCUCAGCCGCCGUGCGCCGGCCCCAGCCCCGGCUGCAGCCCGGUGGGCGCCGCGCAGGUGAGGGCAGACCCCGACCCGGGGCGGCAGAAGCUGCCCGCGCCCCACCCCCCGGGGUGCAGCCUGGGGCGCGGAACCCGAGCUGCCGGGAGGCGGGGACUGGUGGGCUCCAGAGCCUUUCCGAGGCGCGGCAUUGGAGGCCGUGCGGACCACGGCCGGAAAGAAGCGGGAGACCCGCGGGGCGGUGUGGGCCCUGCGCCGGAGGAACCUCGAAGAACUGAUUCGAAGUUUCAGUGUAGUCAGUGAGCCUUUGAAAUUCUAAAUCAUGGAGGCCAGUCAGGAAACUUCCCUCUUCUUGGUGAAGAUCUUGGAGGAACUGGACAGCAAGCAAAAUACCGUCUCCUACCAGGACCUGUGCAAAUCGCUGUGUGCCCGCUUUGAUCUGUCCCAGCUUGCCAAGCUGAGAAGCGUGCUCUUCUACACGGCUUGUCUCGAUCCCAGUUUUCCAGCCACGUUAUUCAAGGACAAGAUGAAAUGCACCGUGAAUAACCAGCAAUCAAAGAAAAUCAUGGUGGCAGCAGAUAUUGUGACGAUAUUCAACCUGAUCCAAAUGAAUGGGGGCGCCGCCAGGGAGAAGCUGCCCACCGGCCGGCAGAAGGUGCGCAAGAAGGAGGCAUCCUUCGAAUCGUGCAGGUCCGACACGGAGAUCUGCACCUCGGCCGAGUGUGAGCCCCUGAACUGUGAGCUGAGCGAGAGGCCUUUCAGCCGCGGCUACCCCACCAGACAGUCGUCCAAGUGCCAGAAGAUGGACUGCAAGGACUGUCUGCAGUUUGUCCCUGCCUCCGAACCCAACUUCUUGCUGGGCGUCAGCAAAGAGGUGAAAACUCGGGCUGCGUCCCUGGACAGGCUGCAGGCCCUGGCCCCGUACUCGGUCGCCAGCCCUCAGCCCUGUGAGAUGCAGCGAACCUACUUCCCCAUGAACAUUGAGAGCGAGUCCAUUUCCGAUCAGGACUCUCUGCCGGUCAACCAGGGCCUCAAGGAGACUUUCAUUUCUAACGAGGAGCCGUUUGUGGUCCAGUCCUGUGUCCAGAAGAGGAACAUCUUCAAAGAGGAUUUUCACAAUCUGAUGGCCGUGUCCCCCAGUUUGGUUGGCCCCGCCAGCAAGGCGGACGGUGAGCAUGGGGAACCCCAGAGUCGAAAGGAGCCCCACAAGACGCCCUUCUUUAAUCACAGCUUUGAAAUGCCCUACAACAGCCAGUACCUGAAUCCCGUGUAUUCCCCUGUUCCUGACAAAAGGCGGGCAAAGCAUGAAAGCUUGGAUGACCUUCAAGCUUCCACGUAUUUUGGACCCACUCCAGUGAUGGGGACCCAGGAAGCCAGGCGCUGUCCAGGGAGGCCAGGCAAGCAGACCCCCUGGCCAGCCAAAAGCUGGAGCCUAAACACCGAAGAAGUCCCUGACUUUGAACGGUCCUUUUUCAAUAGAAAUCCCUCUGAGGAGAAGCUACGCUAUCCAAAUUCCAGCAGCCAGACCCCCAAUUUCUCAGGCCCAGAUAGGUGCCCGGCUUACCUCACGCCAAAGGAUCAACAGCCAAUUCUCCCUGUUGGCUACGCAGCAAAACCAAAUGGGCUCAAAUCUAAAGAGGUUUCAUGCCCCAUUGACCUGGAGAAGCACGAACCAGUCAAAAAGUUUAAAGACAAGAGCAUUAGCUGCACCAGCGGGCAGCUCAGCUCAGACACCAGUAGCGUGGGCACCCAGACUGAGCAGCAUGUGCUGGAUCCCAAGAAAUGCAAAGACUUGUGCUCCUCGGGGCAGGGCAAGUACAGUGACAGGCACGCCAUCAAGCAGUCGGACGAUGACUCGGAAAUUGUCAGCGAUGACAUCAGUGAUAUUUUCCGAUUUCUCGAUGACAUGAGUGUCAGUGGCUCGACGGGAGUGAUACAGUCGUCCUGCUACAACAGCACAGGGUCCUUGUCUCAGCUUCACAAGUCGGACUGUGACAGUUCACCGGAGCACAACCUAACCAAAAUUGCCAAUGGACUCCCCAUCAGCAAAGGAGAAAAGGGCAACCGGCCUGAAAACAGCCACCACUCCGAGGAGGAGUUGAAGACCAGUGUGUGCAAACUGGUGCUCAGGAUCGGCGAAAUUGAACGGAAGCUCGAAUCACUGUCGGGUGUCCGCGAGGAAAUCUCCCAGGUCUUGGGCAAACUAAAUAAAUUAGAUCAGAAAAUGCAGCAGCCUGAGAAGGUGAGUGUGCAGAUAGAUCUGAAUUCCUUGACGAGCGAGGCUCCGUCCGAUGAGAGUGCCUCUCCCCGGAUGUUCCGUGCACACAAUGGCUCCCACGGACCUAAACUGGAGAAUACCGCCGACUGGUGCUGCUCUGACGCCAGUGGAAGCAACAGUGAAAGCCUUCGUGUCAAGGCCUUAAAAAAAAGCCUCUUCACCAGGCCGUCGUCUAGGUCCCUGACGGAGGAGAACAGUGCCACAGAGUCCAAAAUCGCCAGCAUCUCCAACUCGCCCAGGGACUGGCGCACCAUCACGUACACCAGCCGCGUGGGCCUCAGUGAGGAAGAGAUGAAAGACAGAGGCCCUGGAGAGAAUAAGGACUGGCAUCGAAAAUCGAAAGAGGCAGACAGGCAGUACGACAUCCCCCCGCAGCACCGACUGCCCAAGCAGCCCAAAGACGGCUUCCUGGUGGAGCAGGUGUUUAGCCCUCACCCCUAUCCCACCUCCCUCAAGGCCCACAUGAAGAACAACCCCCUGUACACGGACAUGCGGCUGACCGAGCUGGCCGAGGUGAAGCGGGGCCAGCCUUCUUGGACCAUUGAGGAGUAUGCGCGGAACGCGGGUGACAAGGGCAAGCUGACAGCCCUGGACCUGCAGACGCAAGAAUCUUUAAACCCAAACAACUUAGAAUAUUGGAUGGAAGAUAUUUAUACUCCAGGCUACGACUCAUUGCUAAAACGUAAAGAAGCCGAGUUCAGACGAGCCAAGGUCUGCAAGAUAGCUGCUCUGAUUGCUGCUGCCGCGUGCACGGUCAUCCUUGUCAUCGUUGUGCCCAUCUGCACGAUGAAAUCCUGAGCCGUGGGGGCGACGUUGCAUACAGCUUGUGACUAGCAAUGUCUUCCUCCAUAGUUUAAAACUGCAGCAGUGUGGCAACAGUUGGCUGAAAUAGAGAUGAAAUCAUGGAGGCUUUUCUGCCAAUGCUGAAGAUGGUCUUCAGAAAGUAUGCAUUCUAGAAAGAAAUCUACCUACCUAUUAGCUUUGACUUAAUUACAUUCGGAUGCAUUUUUAGAAGUGCAAUAUCUUUUCUUACCAAAAGAAUGUAAUGGACUACCAGUAGAUACAAAUUGAAUUCCAAGCAAAAAGAAAGAAAGAAACAAACGAAAAACGCAGGAAAAUUAACUGGAUUCUUUCCAUUUUGAUGCAGUUUCAUGGCGGGGAAUAUGUCAUACAGAAGAUAUUUAAUACGUGCCUCUUUUGGGGGAAGCUAAGGGAGGUAGCAAAAUGAGAAGGAAAAAGGAGAGGUUCUAUUUUCCUUAAUGUUCUUAGACUGUUGCAGGUGAAUAAUAGGUAUGUAUCCAUAAAGGAUGUUACUUCUCUGCUGACUUUUAUCAAGGGCUACCGACUUGUCAUUCUUGCCCUUCUGUCAUCAUUACGAUCUUCAUUGCAGAUCUUCAUGGACGCAUUCUGGACCUUCUUCCUUGCGCCUAGGGUAGGAAGGAGCUGAACUGCCAAAGCAGGCAUGGCAUGAAGUGUGUUCUCUCUGCUGAAUAGGCCAAGGUAUUCCGGCCAGGAGACCUUCCUGUGUCCACCCCAAGAUGUGGGAGAGCUGCUUGCUAAUGGUGUAAGGUCAAUAUGUAAAAAUCAUGGCCGCCCCAAAGGAUCUCCCGUUCUUGCUUUGGUGUGUGGCUUCACUCCUUGAGCUUCUAUCUCCUGGUGGUACUGGCUGCUCUGCUUCUCACACAUGAGUUGAAGAGUUUGGAACUUGUCCUUGUGCCUUGAAGAGCAGAGACAAUGGCUAAACUUUGACAUUCUAACCAUUAACCAUGGUUUCUGUGCACCCCUGAUAUCAGCCAUCUCCAAUGGCUUUAAAAACAUUUUGAAAGCUUGUCAAUAAUAGGAUAAAGGCACUGAGGUGUUCUCAGCUACUCUAACACCUACUCCAGAGUUUUGAAUACUUGUCAGCAGUGCAAAAAAUAUUAUCUAUUUAACCAUUUAUCUAUCUAUCUAUCUAUCUAUCUAUCUAUCUAUCUAUCUAUAUGUCUAUCUAAAUACCUGAUUUUGGUUUAUUGUCUUGUCUGUUAAAUAACUUGAGAGUAAGGUUUCUCCAGUGUACAAGAAGCCGUUGUAAUUUCAUUAGAAUUUGAUCUCAGUUUCCACCUGUUGAAUGGUGCUUUGACAUAAUUGUACAGAAAGAAUCCUUUUCAGCAUUUGAUUCUAAUGUCUUGUUACACGUUAAAGAAAAAUGAUUGACAGAAACUAGCUACCUUAAUUCUUCUGAGAACAAGGUGGGAUAUAAAUAAAUGUUGGUAGUAAGAAGAAUCACUCUGAGUGAUAUACUAAAUUCCUGAAAGACAGGUUUGGGAAGCAUCUCAGAUUUUAAAGCAAUAGGAGUCCAGCAUCCAUCCUAAACACUUCCAAAUAGUGCUUAGCUUGCCGUGUCUAAUUCUAUUGUUCACCAUAAGGGGUAGUCAGAACAUUUCAUGCUGUGAACAAAUAAAUGAUGGAUGCUUCCAUCUGUAGUGAACUCUUAUUUUUAGAGAUCUUCAUGUUAUCUGUUUCUAUUCUCAUGUUUAUGUAUGGAUUUUCAACUAGGUGACUGAAACUUCAGCCUUAGUAAGGAAAACUGAGGAUUUAUCAUUGAAAAUGAAUAUAUAUAUAUAUAU